AGCAUUGUCAUCUUGUUGGUGCAGGUGAAAAACUAGCAGCAACUUGGCACUACUCCGUUCGUUGUUUGCAGGGAGGCGAGGAGAACUGUAGUUGACCAGUUUGACCCCGCAGCAAAUUUUUAAAAUUCAAACUUGAAGAAGAAAAAUAAUCUUAAAUUUGAAUCACGUGAAACCACGCGCCCCAGAGGGAUGAUUGAUUCCUGAUGUGAACUAGGAAAAUCACUGUUGAAGUGUAUUUGUUCGAGAAGAAAUUUGGAUAAAAGAAAAAAACAAAAAACAAAGAUGAAAACCUUCCGAAUACAAAUCUUCUAUCCUGGGGAUGAUGCAGUCAGCGCCAAAAUUGGGGUUAGGUUCCUUGUUGGCCAGUCUAUCACAUACAAUUCAACCAUGCAACCUACCAUUGUUGAAUUUAAACCCUACUUCUUCUUUCUACAUAAAUACCAACUUUCUCUUCCUUCAUUCAUUCAUCCCCAUCCUCAUAACCCUUCUUCACCUUCGAUAUGCAACUCAACCGUCUCUGUUUCAUCUUACCGGCGGACCCCGAUGAAGUCCAGCAAGUUGAUGGUGGGGAGGAGAAAAUAAUAAAUAACUCGAAAAAACACCCGAGGGAUUGCGGGGGCCGGGUUCUUGAUUUUCUUGGUGAUUCUUUACGUAGGUUGUUGAAAUCCAAAUGGGUAAGUUUCUGUCAGGAUGAAAAAACGCCGGGAAAACACCAAACGGGUUCUACUGUGUUUCAUGAUCUUGAAGGAAUUCAAAUGUUGGAGAAGGUUGGUGGGGAGAAUCCCAGGAUUUUUAGCUAUACAGAGCUUUAUAUAGGCUCUAAUGGGUUUAGCCAAGAGGAAGUUCUUGGCAGUGGAGGAUUUGGAAAAGUGUAUCGAGCUGUUUUGCCUAGUGACGGCACUGUUGUAGCAGUCAAAUGCUUGGCGGAGAAAGGGGAGAGGUUCGAGAAAACUUUUGCGGCUGAGCUGGUGGCGGUGGCUCAUCUCCGUCACCGUAAUCUUGUCCGGUUAAGAGGGUGGUGCGUGCAUGAAGAUCAGUUGCUUCUAGUUUAUGACUACAUGCCUAACCGGAGUCUUGACAGAGUCCUGUUUCGCAAGUCUGAAAAUCUGGGUCCAGGUCCGGGUCCGGGUCCGUGUCCUCUGGAUUGGGAGCGGCGGAGGAAAAUAGUUGGUGGGUUAGCAGCUGCACUGUUUUAUCUCCAUGAACAACUAGAAACACAGAUCAUACACCGUGAUGUUAAGACAAGCAACGUCAUGCUUGAUUCCCAAUAUAAUGCCCGGCUUGGUGACUUUGGCUUGGCAAGAUGGUUAGAACAUGAAUUGGAGUAUCAAAUCAGGACACCAUCAAUAAAAAAUCAUCAGUUUCGUUUGGCUGAAUCAACUAGAAUUGGAGGAACAAUUGGGUACUUGCCUCCUGAGAGUUUUCAGAAGAGGGGUGUUGCUACCGCAAAAUCUGAUGUUUUUAGCUUUGGGAUUGUGGUGUUAGAGGUGGUAUCUGGAAGGAGAGCAGUGGAUCUUACACACCCAGAUGAUCAA